AUGAAAGUUCAAACGAAUGCCGUGAACGUGCUCCAACGCACAUCAGCCUACUUGAGGUCUGGACUGCUGUUGAACACUCCUGCAUGGUACGAAGUUGUUGCUUCUUUACCACCAAGUAACAAAUUUACCCGUGAGCCUAGACUGGUGAAUCCGUCAUCAAAUGAAAAUAUCGCCUGUUUAAAGGAAGCUUCUCAACAUCCGAAUGCCAAGGGCUUAUAUAAAACGAGAACAAAGAGAUCUGAAAGAAGAAUAACUGCGAAUAGGCUUUAUAAGGCACCACAGUUGAAAUUUGUUGAGGACAAAUUGCGGGAAAUCUUUUAUCAACAGCACCCUUGGGAGCUCUCAAGACCCAAAAUCCUUGUGGAGAAUGAGGGGGGAGAAGAAUAUGACUGGUGUAACAUUCAACAAUUAGGGAAGCCACUUGACGGUGAAAGUGUUGUACAAAGGACUCUUUAUUUAUUGAAAAGGCAGAAAGAGUUUAUAGAAGCGUACGACCAGGCCAGAUUUGAGUUUUAUCGUUUGAGAAUGCAGCAGGAGGUGGAACAGCAGGUAGCGCAGGAAGAGGCUGAAAUGUUUGGAUCAGUUUAUGGGCCAUCUGCUAUAGAGUUCGGUGUGGAGCAAGAGCAAAAAGUUAUUGAUGCUUGGAAGCAAAGGGCAAUUGAAGAAACUGAACUGCUUUCAGCAAGACGGGCUAACCCCUCUGAAUCGUGGAGCAGUAAUGCGAAUGAGGAAAAUGAACGGGAACAGAGGAGGGAUGAAGAUGGUACUGAAGAAGUCAUACUAUAA